AUGACUUCGCAGUCGUCUGCACCUCGCAGUUCCUCGAGUUCCGGAAGGUCGCAAUCUAGAAGUGCCGUGCCCGAUAAGCAGAUCUCUCAAAUCGAAAAGAGUGUCACGCAUCUCCUGGUCGCCACAAAACAACUGUUGGAAACGCUAACGCAAUGGUCCCGCACGCAAGCCUCCGAGAACGAGGUCUCCGACGUGUAUGUGCGGCUGGGCUAUGAAUUCAACCUUGCUUGUCGUGCCUUCAAUGCAAUCGGCGUCGAUACCUCAGACCUGGGUCCUGUCCCCGACCUUCUCCGCACCAUUCUCGAAGACACCCUCAGUCAGGAUGCAUCACCACAGAGUCUCGAUCGCUAUCUCCCGCGGAUUCGCGACAUCAUCAUCAAUCUCUUGCACGGUCUCAAGAAGAAGCAGGCUCGCCUACGCUCUCGGCAACAGCGAGAAGAAUCGCGAACCCUGCCGGGUCGCCAGGCGAGUGCGGGGAGCAUCUCGAGUGGACAAGCGGCGAUGAAUCAGGCUUACGAGGAAACGGCGUCGACGGUCUCGUCGCCGAAACGUCCGGGUCGUCGGUAUGGAAGCAACGGCUCGAUUGAAGACCCGCCGCCAUCGAUGACUCGGGCCUCUCCCACCCCGUCUGCCCCCGGCGGCACCAGCUACUCCGAACGCGAAGCGUCGCGACGAGAGGCACAGACGAUCUUGUCUCAAUCCUCUCCCUCCGAGGCGACCACCGCUGCCAAGGCCCCCGAAUCGAAUCCCGUCAACGGCUUUCCCACUCCUCCGCCUCCUCCGCCUCCGAAACAAGACGAUGCCAUCGGCGCGUUGCAAAGGAGUGGCGAGCUUGAGCGUCGUGCCUCUCGAAGAUUCUCCGCUUAUCAGAUACAGAAACACCUCGGUACUUCUUCCAACGGAGUCCCUGUGCUCCCCACCCAGAAUUCCCCCGUCCCCAACCGAGGCCGCGACGUUCGGGAAUCCUUGAAUGCGGUGCGCCUGCGGGGGUCUUAUGCUCAUGGCAGACAACGCUCGACCAACCGCGUCAACGAUGCCGCCAGUGCGAAAAGCGCACAGCCCCCGUCGGCUCCUAACGUUCCCAAAAUCCAAGAAGAACGCGCCCCCUCCAGGGGUGCAUCGCCCGUGGAACUGUCGGCUGACGGGCAGAACACUGCGGAGAAUCGAUCUCAUCCUCGCAUCAGCAAGGAUGGUCCGGGCGCUGCUCCGGCUGGGCCGCCGCCGGAGCUGCCUCAACCACCCGAGGAACCUUUGCUCGACGAUGCAUUUGAGCCGGAGAAAGGCACUGCGGAGACCGUUGCUGCUCCCACGACACCAAAGGCUGAACAUCGACAGCCUGAAACGGCCGCCUCUACACCUCCUCAGUCCUCUCAAUUGGCCACCGAUCAACCGUCUCCAGGCAAGGAGCUGACAUUGUUCUUGCAGUACAAGAGCAAAAUCAAGAAGUACGUGCUGCCCGAGGGCUAUACCGGCUUGACCAUUGGACGACUGCAGCUGGCUUUUAUCGAGAAAUUUGCCUGGAACACGCACAAUAAUGGUGUCGACCUUCCGGAGAUCUAUAUCCAGGAUCCAGUUUCGGGUGUUCGCCACGAGCUGGAGGAUCUCAGUGACGUCAGGGACCGUUCUGUCCUCGUGCUGAAUGUCGAUAUCCUGGAUGAGGUGAAGAAGCACUUUGACGACGAGUUUGGUGGCGUCCGCCGCUUGAUCGAAGGUGUGAAGGGUGCUUUGGACGGCCAGGAAACCAUGAUGCAGCGAGUUUCGGAUCGCCAACUCGAUGCCGCAAAGGAGAUGGCUCGCCUCGCUGCGGCGCCGCCGGUCUCCAAUGCUCCUGCCGAGGGGGCCAGUCGCAAGGGCCCGAUAACGGGAAGUGACAGUCAGCUUGCGGAGCUCCAGAGCCUCCGCCGCGAUCUCGCCGUGCUGCGCCAGACCUACUCGAACUUUUCUUCGGAUAUCGCCAGCUCCAUGAGCGCCAUCCGCACCAAAGCCAGCAGCGUCAAAACCGUGGCUGCCGACGCUUCCGUGCCGUCCUUCGAAGGUGAUGCGGGUCGUGUGCGGGUCAAUUCUGGGAAGAAGGAGCUUGCCGAGGAGUCGGAACGCCUCGUCGUGCGCGUUGAUGAUCUGCAGGAUCUGGUGGAAGAUCUGCGGAAAGACGUGGUCACUCGCGGGGUUCGACCUCUGCCGCGCCAGCUGGAAGGAGUCAGCAAAGAUAUCAGCGCCGUCACCAAAGAAAUCAAGAAAAUGCAGGACUUCCUUAAGCGAGAGAAGCCUAUCUGGACCAAGAUCUGGGAGAAGGAGUUGCAGAUGGUUUGUGAGGAGCGUGAUCAGCUCACCAUGCAGGAGGAUCUUGCCGCUGAUCUGCAGGAUGAUUUGGAGAAGGCUGCUCAAACCUUUGGUCUGGUUGAGCAGGCUACUAAGCAGCAAGCGAUGCAGAACAAUGCUCCGGGCGGUGUCACCUUGCGCAGCACUUCGCGAAACGUGGUGAUCGACCCGGCCGUGGACCCCAUGAAAGCUAAGGACGGCGUCCUUGGGGAGGUGCGAGCCUUGCAGCCGAAUCACGAAUCUCGCCUCGAAGCCAUCGAGAGGGCCGAGAAGGCACGUCAGAAAGAGCUGGAAACCCGGCGGAUCGGGCUGUUCCAGAAAGAGCUGGGCAAAUUUGUCGAGGAGGGCAAAUUGAAGAAGAGUGGUGGUGUUGAGGAGACCGAGCGACUCCGCAAAGCCAAGGACGACCGCAUCCGCAAGGAGGUCUGGGAGAGGCAGCAAGCGCGCGCCGCGGAAAUCGAGAAAGCAGCAGCCGCCGAGGCUGCUGCUGCGCAGCCCGAGGAACAGUCUGCCGCCGAUGACACCGCAGACAAUGAUGGCGAGACGAACGCGGCCGGACCGGAGCCUUUGAAACCCGAGGAUGAACAACAGCCCUCGGCGAAUGAGGCCGCCGAGGCGGAUACCGAGAAGGAUGACGGUAGCAGCAAGUCUGAGAAGCACGAGGCGACAGACGAGACCGACAAGGAUCUUGAGUCCUCCAAGAAGGACGACGCGAUAGACCCCGAGACCAAAUAG